AAAUCUAAAUAUUAUACAAAUUAAAAUAUUUACUAAUUUCUUUUGAUCAAUAAGAAGUUUGUAGUUGCGUAACGUAUGUAGAAAUCAUUUCGUUUCACCGUCGACGACAUAUCUACUGAUCUGUCAAAACAACAAAUCAGCUGGAUGGAUUUAAUGGCAUAUGUGCCCCACUUUGCGGAAGCGCCGAGUGUGGAGCGUGCUCCGGUUAUUCAACAUAUCUGCGAGCAACCGCAAGAAGAAGAUGAAAUAAAGAAUAUUAUAAAAGGAAACCGGAUUUGGAAUAAAUUGAAUCGUUGGUUUUUAAAGCUACGUAUUUUAUCUAGGAGACAUCCCUUGACUCGCUGGUGCCUUAAAAGUACAACCGCAGUGAAUUAUGAGAUUUCAAGACACCUAAAAUCACAUCGUUACAUGAUACAUCCGUUUAGUUUAUUCAGGAUUGUUUGGGAAUCGUUAAUGAUUGUAUUUACAUUUGUCGCUCUUUUGGUUACUCCAGUGUCCAUCACGUUUUUCUUUGGUAGACAUACUAACUGGCACGUGAUUAACGACACGAUAAAUAUAGUGUUUCUCUGCGAUAUUGUAAUGUGGUUCUUUACUGGAUACUAUGAUUAUCGAACGAAAGUCACUGUCCUUGACCCUGUGAUAGUAGCGCGGAAAUACUUGCAGAGCUAUUUCUUCAUAGACAUCUUGACCGUGUUACCUAUAGGACUCAUUGAUUAUAUUAUACCUAACUCGAUGUGGUAUUGUACUACAUUAAACAUGAUGAAGAUAUUGAGAGUUCGCAAUAUCAUCGUUUAUUUUAGUAGAGUUCGCGAUGUGUAUAGAAUAAGUUUUCAAUUGCAUAAAAUUCUAGAGUCAUGCACGGUCGUGAUAAUAUGCAUUCAUUGGGCUGCUUGUCUACAAUAUUAUGUCCCCAUAUCUGUAGAUACAUUAGGCACUUUAAGCAACAACUCUUGGAUCAAGUCAUCACAUUUUGUAAUUAAACGAACGAAAGUACAAAAAUACCUCGUGUGCCUGCAUCGUUCGAUUGUCGCUUGUGCUCGCUCGGCUCACUAUUUGGAUAUGAAAACUCAAGAAGACAUUAUACUAAACUUGAUCCUAACGAUCAUCGGAUUCCUUGGUAACGUAUUUUUAUUAAGUAAGUAUCUCCUAUACCAGGUGUUAUCUUUAGAUUUACAAAUUGUAACUGCAUUUCUUGCAGCGCAAUUCUCUCAACUAAUGACAACGUUCAAUAUAACUAUCAAACGUCACCUGAAAAUAAUACAGCAGUUACAGGAGUACAUGCGAUACAAGGAGCUCCCACAUGCCCUACAACGUCGGCUAUUAACUUUCUACCAUUACCGCAACAGAAAGAGCUUCGAAAGGAAUAAGAAAAUAAUAAAUGAAGUUUCGCCAUAUUUACGAGAGGAACUCAUACUGCAUAAUUAUUUGAGACUGAUUAGUAGCGUAAAAUUAUUCAAGCAUCUACCGGAAACUGUAAUCGUACAGUUAACUAGUUCAUUACACUCCGAGAUCUAUAUGACUGGCGAUGAAAUCGUCAAAGCUGGUACCCGUGGUGAAGCUUUGUAUUUCAUUUCAUCCGGUACCGUAGCGGUUUACACUGUCGUGGGAAAAGAAGUUUGUCACUUGGAAGACGGAAGUUAUUUCGGAGAGAUCGCUCUGGUGAUGGACACCGAGCAUAGAAUAGCAACCAUAAUUGCGGUGGAAACUUGUGAAAUCUUUGUACUAUAUCGCCACGACUUUCAGAGAUUCAUAUCACCGUAUCCUGAUCUCUUGAACCGGCUGCAAAAUGUUGCUCUUGAACACUUAAACGAAAGCCUUCUUCUGGACUCCACGCAGGAUUUAGGAAUUUCUACCACGCCGCAAUAUAUUAAUAUAAGUAGCAUAAAAAGCAGAAGAAUAUAGUUAUAA